CUCCGGGUGCCGCGGAGGAGGAGGAGGAGGAGGGAGGAGGAGGAGGAAGAGCAUCGGGAGCGAUGGACAGCGCGGGGAAGGAGCGGGAGGCCGUGCAGCUCAUGGCCGAGGCCGAGAAGCGGGUGAAGGGCUCGCACUCCUUCCUCAGGGGGCUCUUCGGGGGCAACACCCGCGUGGAGGAGGCCUGUGAGAUGUACACCAGGGCUGCCAACAUGUUCAAGAUCGCCAAAAACUGGAGUGCGGCAGGAAACGCCUUCUGCCAGGCAGCCAAGCUCCACAUGCAGCUCCAGAGCAAGCACGACUCGGCCACCAGCUUCGUGGAUGCCGGGAAUGCCUACAAAAAGGCGGAUCCGCAAGAGGCCAUCAACUGCCUAAACGCGGCCAUCGACAUCUACACCGACAUGGGGCGCUUCACCAUCGCCGCCAAGCACCACAUCACCAUCGCCGAGAUCUACGAGGCCGAGCUGGUCGACAUCGAGAAGGCCAUCGCUCACUACGAACAGGCCGCGGAUUAUUACAAAGGAGAGGAGUCCAACAGCUCGGCCAACAAGUGUCUGCUGAAGGUGGCGGCCUACGCGGCGCAGCUGGAGCAGUACCAGAAGGCCAUCGAGAUCUACGAGCAGGUGGGAACCAACACGAUGGAUAACCCCCUGCUCAAGUACAGCGCCAAGGAAUAUUUCUUCAAAGCCGCCCUCUGCCACUUCAUCGUGGACGAGCUGAAUGCCAAGCUGGCGCUGGAGAAAUACGAAGAAAUGUUCCCGGCAUUCACAGAUUCCCGGGAAUGCAAGCUAUUGAAAAAACUCCUGGAAGCCCACGAGGAGCAGAACAGCGAGGCCUACACCGAGGCAGUGAAGGAGUUCGACUCCAUCUCGCGGCUGGACCAGUGGCUCACCACGAUGCUGCUGCGCAUCAAGAAAACCAUCCAGGGGGAAGGGGACGGGGACCUCAAGUGACGCCCGCGGGAUCUUCCCCGCCCCGGCCGAGGACUAUUCUGGGAUACCCACCCCCCUCCUCGCUUUUAUCCCGUCGUCGCUUCCCAACUCCCGGCGCCCCGCGUGUCCCUUUAGCUCCCCGCUCGUUGUGGUGGGGCCGGGCGGAUCCGAGGCGGGAUCCGCUUCCUCCUCCUCGGCUCUGGUGCUGCUCCACCCGGCGCCUGCACCCGCGGCUCCCGGUUUUCCUGCCGUUCUCCUGAUUUUCCAGCAUGUACAUCUUCGGUCCAGGCCAGCACACAGCACAAAGUAACCGCUUCCGACCCCCGUCGUGUUGUUCCCGUUUUCCGGUUCUCGGUGGCCCUCUGUUGGAUACAGUUGGAUUUGGGGGUUCUUUAA